CAGCUUAUGCAAGUGGAGAUGUGUGUGCACUAUUCAGAGGCACUAAUUUGACAAAAAAAAGAAGCAAAAAUCAACAGCAGAAGAACUCAUUUUGGAUGUAAAUGACAGAGGGUGACGGAAAAAAAAGAAGAGCUUGUUCUCCGGGGGUUGACAGCCGUUUGGGGCACAGGAGGAGUUAAACAGAUUUACCCUUGGAAGGGGUAAAAAAAGAUGACUGUGGUGUCCGAGCACGAUCACGAAGAGACUGUGGCAGUGACUCCUCUGCUCCAAGAUGCUGCAGACUUGGAACCAGCGGACCAAGAGUGCAGCGAGAGGCUGGUCAUCAACAUCUCAGGCCUACGCUUCGAGACGCAGCUGAAAACACUCUCCCGCUUCCCGACCACUCUCCUGGGUGAUCCGCGUAAAAGGAUUCGCUUCUAUGACCCUCUGAGGAACGAAUAUUUCUUUGACAGGAACAGACCAAGCUUUGACGCUAUCCUCUAUUACUAUCAGUCAGGAGGAAGGCUCAGGAGGCCUGUAAGUGUUCCUGUGGAUAUUUUCCUGGAGGAAUUAAAGUUCUAUGAGCUGGAAGAGGAGGUGAUUGAACUUUUCAAAGACGAUGAGGGCUUGCCCAGAGAGGAGGAACGCCCGCUGCCCUCCAAUGAGUUCCAACGUCAGGUGUGGCUCCUAUUUGAGUAUCCAGAGAGCUCUGGACCUGCGCGGAUGAUUGCCAUAGUGUCAGUUAUGGUUAUUUUGAUAUCCAUUGUUAUUUUCUGCUUGGAGACCUUACCUGAAUUUAAAGAUGUCCCCCCAGAGCCCGAUAACCAUGCCAAUGGAAGCGCACAUGGCAAGGAGCCCAGCCCGUUCACAGACCCCUUCUUUAUGGUGGAGACGCUGUGCAUCGUGUGGUUCUCCUUUGAGUUCAUGAUGAGGUUUCUGUCUUGUCCCAGUAAGCCGGUUUUUUUUAAAAACAUCAUGAACUUGAUUGAUGUUGUGGCCAUAGCUCCAUAUUUCAUCACCUUAGGCAUGGAUCUGGCAGAGCAUCAGGGCAGCAGUCAGCAGGCUGCCUCUCUGGCCAUUCUGAGGGUCAUCCGUCUGGUCCGUGUUUUCAGGAUUUUCAAACUGUCCAGACACUCCAAGGGUCUGCAGAUUCUGGGCCAAACGCUUCGCGCUAGCCUCAGGGAGCUGGGACUGCUGAUAUUUUUCCUGAUCAUCGGAGUUGUUCUGUUCUCUAGUUCGGUUUACUUUGCUGAGGUGGAGGACCCCAACUCUGAGUUCUCGAGCAUACCCGAUGCAUUCUGGUGGGCUGUGGUGACUAUGACUACAGUUGGGUAUGGAGACAUGUGCCCCACCACCAUUGGAGGCAAAUUCGUGGGAUCUUUGUGUGCAAUCGCCGGAGUUCUGACCAUAGCUCUACCCGUUCCAGUGAUCGUUUCCAAUUUCAAUUAUUUCUAUCACAGAGAGAAUGAAGAGGAGGAAAAUGUGCAGCAUGUCCACGUGACUUGUGGGCUGGUGGAGCAGCAGCCCUACACAGGUGAAGGAGAUUCCAUCCGAAGUAACUUGUCGCUUUCCCAAACGGAGUCCUAUCAGGAAAGCGACGACUUGGAGACCCUGACGCAUCCAAGCACGAAUCAGUCAGAUGCAUAUGUGGGGAAACUGACGGAUGUGUGACUAAGAGUGGAUUUGUGAAAGGCAAGGAUUAAGGAAAGCCUGACAUCCUCUUCUCCAAAGUAAUGGAUCCUUUUCUUGCGGAUUACUCCAUGCAUUGACAAAGUUGCAGAGACUUCCUGGCGGACAUCAGCUUCUGUCUGCCACUUUUUGAGUGUCAAGAACAUUCUUUUGCUUUGUAAAUGUAUUUUUGCAAAAAUGCUUGAUGUAUAUACGUUACAGUUUUGUAAAUCUUAAUUUUCAAUGUCUUUUACAGAACUUGACUUUGAUCCUUCUUAACUGAUUGCCAUGCAGCCACAAAAAUCAGAAAUUGUUUUGCUAACAUGCAUGAUAUGCACUCAUGUGAAUUUUUGACUAAAAUAAACAUUUUAUUUUUCUAUAA